ACUCGCAAUAAACCAAAGAAGAAGGACUUGCACGAUCACGAAGAACAAGGGUUUAAGCAAAUAUCCGAAGAAAGCCUCGCGUCAUCAAUGGCGAAUCAGGAACCAAAAAAGCAGGAAGAAGUAGAAGAAUACGGGGUGUUGUUAUACUACAAAUACACUAGCAUUCCCGACCUCCAAGAACUGUUCAACUUCUAUGAAUCCAACUGUAACACUCUUUCCCUCCUCGGUCGUGUUCGCCUCUCUCCCAAUGGCGUCAACGUCACUGUUGGUGGCAAGUUAUCUGCUUUGGAGGAGCAUAUUGUUGCAGUGAAGUUGAAUUCCUUGUUUGAAGGCACGGACUUCAAGCUUGCCUCUUGUCAUGAACCUUCGAACGAUAGGGUCGCCAAGGAAUGUGGAUUUACUUCCCUCUCCAUACGUAUUGUUAAGGAAUUGGUAACUUUAAGUUCCUGUCCCCUGCAAAAGUCACCUGAAAUUUCAAAUGCGGGGAAGCAUCUCUCUGCAGUUGAAUUCCACUCUGUCCUUCACAAUAUUGGGAACACGCAAGACAAACUGAUUCCAAGCAGCAGUAACGGAAUAGUCCUGAUGGAUGCAAGGAAUUUAUAUGAGACUAGAAUUGGGAAGUUCUAUACACCAAAUGUGGAGACUUUGGAUCCAGAAAUCCGGCAGUACAGCGACCUUCCUUCUUGGAUAGAUAAUAACUCUGAGAAGUUGCGUGGGAACAAUAUUCUUAUGUAUUGUACUGGAGGAAUUAGAUGCGAGAUGGCAUCAGCCUAUAUCAGGUCUAAAGGUGCCGGCUUUGAAAAUGUUUUCCAGCUUUAUGGUGGGAUUCAACGAUAUCUGGAGCAAUUUCCUGAUGGUGGUUUUUUCAAAGGAAAGAAUUUUGUCUUUGACCACAGGGUUUCAGUUGGAAGUUCAGAUUCAAGAAUUUUGGGUACUUGUCUUCUCUGUAAUUCUCCAUUUGAUGAUUACUCCUCACGGAGCCGGUGCACAUACUGUAGGAUGCUUGUAUUAGUCUGUGAUAAUUGCCGGGAGAAGGAUUCUUCUUAUGUUUGUGAAUUAUGCCGGAAAAACAGCCUGUGUAUUCAACCAACUUCAGCAACAGAGUUUGACAACUCGGUGGAAAUAUCAGAAGUCGCAGAGCUUGAAGCUGUCUCUACCUCGGACAGAAUAGCACCACCUGCCUUGGUUUCAGGUAAUACGAUGGUUUCUAGUAUUAGCUUUCAAGUUCAGCUUUGCUUGCACCCUUUGAACUUUUUUUUUUUUUUGAGAUGGUAACAUAUUUGUAUAUAUUAAUCAACUCAGUACAUAGGUUGUACUGAAACCAUAUUUACAAGAAGGCAAAAGAAAAGAAAAGUUCUGCUAUGCAGUCCUAGCAAAGUUCUAGAAUAUCUAGGAUUGACAUAGUGUCCUGUGUAGCUUUGCUUACACCAAAAACAAAAAAGUAAAACACAGUUUAGUUUGAUCUUUUGUACUGAGUUGCUACUGUCCUCAAAACAUCUAGAAUUCCUUUCUUUCCAGAUUGUCCACCAAAUACAUGCUGGGACAGUCCUCCAUCUAUCUCUGUCUCUUGCUCCAGCUCCAGCUUCAUCUCAGCUAAAAAGCACUUCAGUAAUCUUACUAGGCAUUGUCCAAGCUAUACCUCUGAGAUUAAUAAAGAUUUUCCAUAGUUGAUCUGUUGUCGUGCAGUGAAGAAAUAGAUGGCUGAUUGUCUCGGCUGUUUCCCCGCAUAGAAAGCACCUUG